AUUAAACAUUUGGUCAACUUGUUUCCCACCCUUGGAGCAAAUUAUAGAAAGGAGACUGCUCAUUCAACAACAAUGGCCGAUUACACUACUUCCAGCCUUAACUUGAGUACAGAGUGCAAUAAGGUUGGAGCUGAAGGUGCUAGGGAAAUCCAGAUCACCAACCAGGCUGCAGCUGAUGAUGGUAACCUGACCCAGAUCAUAUUCAUGGAUCCUAAAUUGUACCGGGCUGCAGCAGAUGGUGACAUCCAUGUACUUGAGGGACAUGAUAUUCGUGACAAACUAACCCCAAAAAAGAACACAGUUCUCCAUGUUGCAGCCCAAUUCGGUCAAGCAGACUUCGUUGAAAAGAUCCUUGGGUUGCAUUCUCUUUCAUUACUAUUGCAACAGCCCAAUAAGAAAGGUGACACUGCACUUCACCUUGCAGCCAGAGAAGGGCAUUUGACAGUGGUGGAAAAUCUGAUUGAGGCUGCCAAACGACUUCAAGGACGAGACUUGGAAGGAGGGGCUGCAGCCGAUUGGAAGGAGAUGCUGAGGUUGAAAAAUGAGGUAAAAGACACAGCCUUGCACGAGGCAGUGAGAAAUCAUCACCCUGAGGUGGUGAAGUUAUUGAUUCAGGAAGACCCCGACUUUGCCUAUGGUGCUAAUGCUGAAGGCAAUACUCCUCUUUACAUCGCUGCUGAGUGGGGAUUCGGAGACUUGGUGCAGAUGAUCCUAGACAAGUGCUCUUCACCAGCUCAUAGUGGCAUCAAGGGUCGAACGGCUUUGCAUGCUGCGGUAAUUCUCAAAGACCAAGCAAUGACAAAGAAGAUACUGGAAAAAAAGCCUGAUUUAACUGAAGCAUUGGACCAAAAUGAGUGGUCUCCCCUUCACUUCGCUGCAUAUGUGGGCUGUGAUCCAACAAUAGUGACGCAAUUGCUAGGUGAAUCUGACGAGCAUCAGUAUGUUGUCUAUCUCGGCGUCAAAUACAAUGAAAUUGGAAAUAGGACAGCUCUUCACAUUGCUGCAAGCCGUGGCCAUGUGGAAAUAGUGAAGCUGUUGGUGUCACGCUUUCCAGAUUGCUGCGAGAAUGUUGAUGAUAAGGGCAAUAAUGUUCUGCACUUGAUUAUGCCAGAAAAGAAAAUAUUUGUAACUUCGGGUUUGUCAAAUAUUCCCCAGUUAAGGGUGAGAGAACUCAUGAUCCAGAAGAAUGCUGAAGGAAAGACGCCCCUCGAACUGUUGCACAAUUCUCACUUGUCUAAAGGUGUCAACUACUUCCCACCUCCGGAGACGACGUUCACGUGGAUAUUGGACACCUUCGUGAGAUCAAGGAGACGGCGGACUCCAAGUUUCAGAGUUGGGAUCAGACCCUUGGGUUCGCUAGAGGUCAAGGAAGACAUGGAUAACAGCGAUAGCAAAGGAAGUGAAGAAAUAUCUGAAAGCAAAGAAAGUGAAGAAAUAUCUGAACUUAAGAAAACAAUGGAAAGCCAUCUGAUAGUGGCGGCACUCAUAGCAACUGUAACCUUCGCGGCAGGUUUCACACUGCCUGGUGGCUACAUUCAGGACAAGGGCGAUACCCAGGGCAUGGCAGUCUUAUCGUUCCCUACCAAUGGCACCAAGGGCAAGGACCGAGACAUGGCAAUUGCAGCUAGUCAAAAUUUCAGAAUUUUUGUCUUGGCAGAUAGCAUAGCCAUGAUAUUUUCUUUGUGUGCUAUUGGUAUGUAUUUCCUUGCCGCAUUCCCUUUCUUCAAAAGGAAGGUCGUCUGGGCAUUCUUAGGUCUCGGCGAUACGCUCACCCUGGUUGCGAUGGCUCCAAUGGUGUUUGCAUUUGUUGCGGGGCUGGAAGCUGUGCUACAUCCUUCUUCAUUUCUUGAAGGUGCCACCAAAUUCAUAAUCCUUCCAGUCUUCAUCCUUUUGUUUUUGGUUCCAGGUCUUCUUAUAAUGUUAACCGACCCUCCGGAUUUUGAAUGGAAAAAAUUUGUGGGUCUUUCACAUUGAUGUAAA